AAAGCCAUACGACGACGAUCAGCCGCUCUACAAGUCAGUACUCAAAGUGCACUCGAAUCGACCGGAGAUCGGGUUAUUCAUUGGAAAUAAGCGAGCUGACCGACUGAGUAGUGGUCUUAACGCGCCUCAAUCGGGACCGUCCACUUCCAUUCGCGCCGUUCUCGUCUCCCUGUUCAUCAACGGUACUGGGUAAUAAGGAUCGUUUCUGCAGUGAUUCUGGUCUGCUUCCUCAUUAGUUGAAGGACACAGGCUUGUAAGUGCUACAAAUCAAAUUAAUCAACUAUUAGCUUGAACAAGUGGAUACCAACAGUUCUAGUUAUUAUUGUGACCUGUCGCCUUGAGCACUUCUAUUCGGGUGAAAUUAAAAAACGCUCCAAAAGCUCGAUACCUGCAAGGCUGUCUUUAGUGCAGAACACGAGCUGGUGAAUUCCAAUGCGUCAUUCUUGUUGAUUGCCUCUGCCGGCUGCCAUGGUGUUGAUUGUUAGCCAACUGGCCAUGGCUAUCAACGAUGUUCCAUUUGAUCCAUUCUAUCGGUUCGUGUGUUUUGGAUGCUGUGCCGGUUUAGAGGCGGUGAAACGACGUGAACCAAUGGCAGGGCCAUCAUUCAGUAACAGCAACAGCGGCAACACCAACAACGACAAAAAAACUGGCUAAUCCGGUCAGAUUUUGCACAACCUGUUGUUAGUGUCAUUUCAAAUGCCAUCAAUUGUGAUAAAUGUGAUAAUAGUCACUGGGACAAACAAAGUUCAAGAGUGUCUUUCUUCCCUAAGCAAAUAGAGUGAUGAAAAGGUGUGCCCAGCAUAAUUAUGAAGUGAUCAUCCAUCAUUGUGUGCCGUAAAAAAUCACGUGCCAAAAAAAAAAAAAAAUAACGUCAAGAAGCAAAACCACCGUCAAUUUUUUUUUCUUUGAAUGUUAGCUAAAAAGAUGAAACAUCGUGAAGUUACCAUUAGUCCAAUACGGUGAAUAAAAAAGUUGAACAUCGUCGUCCAGAGUUCCAACGUCAUCGUUGAUCCCCGUGGCUGUGCCAAUAAGUGGCAUUCCGCGAUGAAGAAAAUCGGCUCCGAACAGGCACCAUACCACACCAUAAUCAACAUGCAAAACCAACGCCAGCAAGUGGUCAUGCUGUGAUGAAGUGAAAUUUUUUCAUGUCUGCUGAAAAUAAAUAUUUAAAGCAGCUUGAGGCUUGAAACAGCGCUGUUUUGCAUUAGUGAGCUGCGACCGGGUGUCAAGAAAAAAAGUAAGCUGAAACAACACGUACGCGUGACAGCAGGAACGUCACACUGAAGUAGCGGCCGUGUUCAUCAAUUAUUUUAGUGAAGUGCAAUUGUGCGGUGGAAUCGAUCGUUGGCAAGGGCUAACCGAAAAGAAAACGAGAAUAUAAAUCUUACAAUAGCAGUAACGCAGCACCGAAAUGACCAUCUCGUAUUCAGCUGAAGUACCGAACGGCAGUAAUUUCGGGUGUUUUUGGCGUAUUCUGUGGAAAUGGCGUGGCAGUGUGUAUAAGGCGAUCUGGCGUGAGUUACUAGCUUAUCUAUGUGUAUAUUACACAUUGAAUUUAACCUAUCGAUAUGGCCUAACGGAAGAAGGUCGAAGAGUAUUCGAACGGAUACGAAACUACUGCGGGCAGCAGCGGGAAAAUGUGCCACUUUCAUUCGUGCUGGGCUUCUAUGUUAGUUUAGUGGUGAAAAGAUGGUGGGAGCAGUACCGUCUGCUGCCCUGGCCGGACACUCUUGCCUUAUUCGUUAGUGCCGCCAUUCAGGGUCACGAUGAGACCGGUCGUCUGAUGCGGCGAAACAUCAUGCGCUACAUGGUUCUUGCGUAUGUAAUUACACUGCAAAAAAUUUCGCUGCGUGUAAAACGACGCUUCCCAACCUGGCAACACCUGGUGGAUGCCGGUCUAAUGUUGGAAAGCGAACGUAAAAUUUUCGAAAUUAUGGAUUCUAAGAGUCCUAUGUCCAAGUAUUGGAUGCCCCUGGUUUGGGCCACCAAUAUUAUUAAUCGUGCCAGAAAGGAAGAACUCAUACCUUCCGAUCACAUUGUACAGACUUUACUGAUGGAACUGUCGGAUAUUCGGCGGCGGUUAGGAGGUCUUAUUGGUUACGAUACGGUGUGCGUCCCAUUAGUAUAUACCCAGGUUGUCACACUGGUGUUGUAUUCCUAUUUCACGGCCGCCAUCAUGGGCAGUCAGAUGAUCCCGACCUACGACGAAAAAACUCAUACUUACAUGGAAUUAGAUGUAUAUUUUCCGUUGUUCACCGCUCUGCAGUUCGUAUUCUACGUCGGCUGGUUAAAGGUUGCAGAAGUACUGAUUAAUCCUUUUGGUGAAGACGAUGACGAUAUUGAGCUUAACUGGCUGAUAGACAGACAUAUUAAGGCUUCAUACAUGAUCGUUGACGAGAUGCAUGAUGAACACCCAGAAUUGCUCAAAGAUCAAUACUGGGAGGAAGUAGUUCCAAAAGAUCUGCCAUACACGGUGGCUUCCGAGCACUACCGACGAGAGGAGCCAAAGGGAUCGGCGGAGCAAUAUGUCGUGAAGGAAUCUGAAGCAGUUUACGCCAACAUUGGAGGGGGUAAGCGAGCCCCGAAUGAAGAAGUCUAUGCUGAUUAUGAAAGCGUAGACACUCCGAUGGUUGAACGACGCAAAGGUUGGUUUGGACGACAGAUGACUCGAAUCUCGAUGCGCAGCUCGUCAACCGCAUAUUCUUCCGGUGGUUUGUUCAGCCGGAAUCGACAAAACUCGGUUUAUUCUAGUCCUGAGGCAGGCCUAACACAACCGAUCACAGCUGGUGGUCCACCCCUCCAGAAGCUUAGCUUAUACGACAAAUUCGUCAACCGAAAGUCUGGCCGCAACCCACGACAGAUUGUAAAACAAAAUUCUAAAAUCAGUCUAAAUGGUUCCUUGAUUUCUAAUGUGCCACCAAAGGCUAGACCUCGUAUUCCUACACCCGAUGUUACAAAGGACAGUAAAACGCACCCUCUUACUGGUAUAACUACCAACUCAGCACAAUUAGAAAAAACAUCCAAUAUUGCAUCCGGGGUGGCGCUGAUGGCUACCCAGUUAGCCAACAAUCCGUCCAUUUAUCCAGCGUCGACAGCUACAACGCUGAACAAUAACGACUUACCCGUGGUGGGUACGCUGUUGCUGGCUCCAAUAAAGGAGCUGGACUCCAGCUCAGGCUCAAAUACUCUACAUUCCGGUCAAUCAGCAACGGCCGCCCUGGCAAAAUCGAUCUUGCCGUCAACUAUCAAAAGCAACGUGCCCAGUUACGUCAAGGACGGCAAAACAUCCUCGACGGGAAAGUCGGGUACCCGUUCCGCAAAUACGGUAAUCAUGCUUCCCAAAACCAACACCGUUUCGUCCGAUAGUACAGAUAGUGGCCCGGUGACGGUCGCUACUGUUUCCGAUGCCAUCCCCAUCUCAAUUACCUCGAUACCACUCACGUUUACCGUGACGCCGGUAACUACGGAGGCCGCUAAUGCCGGUACCAUUAUCACCGAGUUGCCAUGUGAUGAUAGCGUUGGAGUAAGCACCAUGACGCUAAAUAAUGAGAAAAAAUCAUCAAAUUCUGAACCGUCUUCUUCCGCCACAUCCACAUUAAGCAAACCGAAGCCUAAACAUAGCGAGGUCUACGUUUGAAGCUCAACGUAGGAACGACAUGUGGUGUACUUAUUUUUCGUUUAUGCUACCACUUAAGGUGUAAUACAUAGGAUUUUAUUCAUGUUAUUGGACCAUUCCGUCAAAUGUGUACACACCCAAUGGAGCCUUAGCACAUGUAUGUACACAGUGAUAAAACACGAAAUAAAAGUAUAGGCGGGAACCAAACUUCCACCUGUUCAAACAAAACGGAACUGAUACUUAAAAGUAUGUUUUUGAAGCAGCAUUUCAAUUUGCUUCACUCUGUAUAGGGUUUUUAAAUUGUGUAAAUAGAAUUAAUUUUACUUAGCAAGUGCCCAGAAAGUCGAACGCAAUUUUAUUUUGUUAAGUUGAUCAUAGGCAAAAAAAGGAAUUGAAAUGAUAUCGUUGUUGA